AUGGCGUUUGACUUGGUAUGUUGAGCUUUUAUGUCUGAUAUAAUUGUCGUAUUUUAGGAUCUGAAUUCCCUGUAUAGCAUCAAGGGGAUACUUCUGCUCGACAACGACGGAAAUCGGAUUUUGGCCAAGGUAUGUCGAUGUAGCUUUUAAAUCUAGUUUUGUUUUUAGUAUUAUGACAAGGAGAUAUUUCCUUCACAAAAGGAGGAACAAAAGUUUGAGAAGAAUCUUUUCCAGAAGACACAUAAAGCCAAUUGUAAGUUCAAUAUUUUUUUAGGUAUCUAAAGUUUGCUUUUUCAGCCGAGAUUAUUUUACUGGAUGGAUUGAUCUGCGUCUAUCGUUCAAACGUCGACGUGUUCUUUUAUGUUAUCGGAAGUCAUCAAGAAAACGAAUUGAUCUUGGUUGCUGUCCUCAAUGCUCUUUAUGAUGCUUUCUCUACUAUCCUCAGGCGAAAUGUGGAAAAGAAGGCCAUCUUAGACAAUAUGGAUCUCUCGAUGUUAGUACUAGAUGAGAUCUGUGAUGAUGGAGUUGUCCUGGAGACCGAUGCCCAGGCCAUUGUCAGUCGAUGUGCUCUCAAACCUGAUGAACUUGCUUUUGGAGAUCAAUCGAUUAGUCAGGUUGGAAUGUCGGUAAGAAUUUUUUGACAAAUAGCUUAGAUUAAUAUCAGUAUAUUAUUAUAAAAAAAAAAUAUAAUUUUUUUUCAGCUCUUGGGAUCGGCGAAGGAUCAGUUAAAGUGGUCUCUUUUGAAAUAA